AUGAGCUUUGGCUUCGGAGGGAGCAACGUUAUAACUCUGCUCGAAAGGGCAAACAAGCUCCGUGACCGAUUCGCUGAUGCGCCUCGCCAGUUGAGAGCAGUCUCGAGCGAAGUCUCGAGCCUUGCGAGCGUCCUCGCAAACAUCAAGGACCUUCUUCCCCAGCAUGACCUCCCGGAGUGGCAAAAGAAAGCCCUGGUGCCCAUCCUCGACGAAUGUGACAAUGUCGUUCUCGACGUCGGCAAGAUGGUGGACGAGAACGCCUGCCUUGACCCUUCAAGUUCAAAGAGUAGCGCCGAUAAAGCGCGGAGAGCGUGGAAGAGAUUGACCUGGGACCCAAAAGACGUCCAGCAGCUUCGUCUACGAAUGGCAUCCAACGUCACCUUCCUAAACGCAUUCCUUGGAAGCUUGACAAGGAAAGUUGCCGUGGCCACGAAAGACACAGUGGACGGGUUGCAUACGCGUCAGGAUGUUCGAGAGCGGAGAGAGCAAUAUGCCCAGAUCCUGGACUGGCUGGCGAGCACGGACUAUACCUUUCAGCAACACGACCACCUCAGAAGACAACAACCGGGGACUGGCCAGUGGCUACUUAACUCGUCUAUGGUCCGAACGUGGCUGGGCACUCCGGGAAAGACUCUCUUCUGUCCUGGAAUCCCAGGCGCAGGAAAAACCAUCCUUACGUCAAUUGUAGUUGGCCAUCUCCUUGACAAGUACCAAGAAAACCCGACUGUCGGCAUUGCUUACGUCUACUGCAACUUCAGGCAGCAAGAUGAGCAGCGGCUGGACGACUUGCUGAGCAACAUACUAAAGCAACUGAGCUCGCCCUUGAUGCCCGAUGCCCUGGAGGCGCUUUAUGACAAACACAACCCCAAGCGGACGCGGCCGUUUCUGCUUGCGCAGCUUUAUAUAGACUCUUUAGUAGGGAAGAAGUCGCCGAGGGCCGUUCGAGUAGCGUUGCAAAAGCUCCAGAGAGGCGUAGAAGCAUAUGAUCAUGCCUACCACGAAGCCAUGAGUCGCGUCGAGGGACGGCUAGGCGAUCAAGAAGAGCUCGCCAAGCAAGCUCUAUCGUGGAUCGUCUUUGAAAAGCGGCCACUCUCAACACGCGAACUUCAGCAUGCUCUCGCUACCGAAUUAGGAGACUCGCAUCUUCGAGAAGACAACUUGCCCGAGCUCGAAGACGUGGUUUCCGUGUGUGCGGGAUUGGUAGCUGUGGAUGAGGAAAGCGGCAUUAUCCGACUGGUGCAUUACACGACGCAGGAAUACUUUCAGCGGACGCACGAACACUGGUUUCCAACAGCAGAGCAAUAUAUUACGACCAUUUGUGUCACUUACCUCUCAUUCCGUUCGUUCGAGAGCGGGCCUUGUCAAGCACCCUACUCAUUCGAGGAGCGGCUACAAUUGAGCCACCUCUACGAAUACGCAGCGUCUCACUGGGGACAUCAUGCCAGUGACGCUCUCUCUACCACCCAAGAAGUCGAUGGCACAAACGAAGAGAAAGCGCCGAAUUUUCCCGAACGGACGGCCAAGUUCGACGAGGCGUACCGCGCAGUCAUGGACUUCCUAGGGAGGAAAGCAAACCUGGAGGCGGCGAUCCAAGCACUCUUCGCUCCAAAGGUCUCACGCGGCUUGCCAUUGUAUCGUAAUGACUAUCCAAAACAGAUGACGGCACAUCAUUUAGCGGCAUAUUUCGGGCUUGGUCUGGUAGCGAAAGGCCUUCUGGCUUCUGACAAGGUCCGACUUGAUGCCAGGGACAGCCGUGGCCGUACACCACUUUACCUAGCUGUUGACAAAGGCCAUGAGGCGAUAGUCCGACAGCUUCUCGACACUGGGAGGGUCGACCCAAAUAUUAGGUCUGAUACUGGCUGGGCGCCACUUAGCCGAGCGGCCUUCAACAACCAUGAGGCUAUAGUUCGGCAUCUUCCUAGUACCAGUGAAGCUGACCUAGAUAUUAAGGACGGCUGUGGCCGGACUGUACUUCACCAAGCCAUUGUACGUGGCAACGAGGCUAUAGCUCAACUAUUUCUUGCACCGCACCUGCUUGAUACUGGUAGGGUCAACCCAGAUGCCAAGAGCGUCUAUGGACGCACUCCUCUUCACGCAGCUGCUUACAACGGCCGCGAGGCGAUGGUUCGACGCCUUCUCGAAACUGGCAAGGUCGACCCAGAUGUCAAGAACUUGGGCGGUGCUACGCCACUCCAUGAUGCUGCCACGAUCGGCGACGUCGCUAUCAUUCGGCAUCUUCUCGACGCUGGGAAAGUUGGCCUGAAUGCUGAGGAUUGCCGGGGCCAGACACCACUUGAUGUAGCUUCUAAGAACGGCCAUGAGGCCGUGGUACGGCAACUUCUUGCGACUGGGAAAGCCAAGUGA